AUGACGACAAGAUACCGCGUUGAAUUCUUGAAGCAAGUGUUGACUGUAUUCAAGACUCACCGUAGGGAUCAACUGAUCGAGUGGAUCAAGGGUCUUCUAGCAGUUCCAUUUGUCCUACACUCACACCCAACUGCCGUAUUCGAACCUGAUGGCGAGUCGGUCGAUCACCAGGCCAGUCUCGCCCAACGGCGGUACGCUGAAAUUAUGCGUGAUGUAGAGGAAAUCAUCAACGAUCACAUUGAGCACCAAAGGGCCGGCAAACCCGACCGAUCCAAACUCAAGCUUCUCGUUCCAUCAGUGGCAAACUUCUUCACCCCUCUAGCCUUGCACGAUGCUUUCAUCUGGCAGGACCAACGCCGCUUCAUUAGCCAUCGACGCUUUGUUCCGCCCUCGUUCAAUGACAUUCGUCUAGUGUUGAACACAGCCCAAGUCAUGAGCCUAGUGCGGGGCGGCCCCUUGGAUCUUGUGACGUUUGACGGAGAUGUCACCCUAUACGACGACGGCGAGUGUCUCGUACCCGAAAACCCAGUCAUUCCCAAGAUUCUGCAGCUCAUGCGACGAGGUUCUAAGAUCGGGAUCGUCACAGCGGCUGGCUAUACCGAAGCCAAGCGCUACUAUGAGAGGCUCCAUGGACUCCUCCACGCUGUACAAGCAUCUGACCUGCCGUUGGAAUGGAAGCAGAAUUUGAUGAUCAUGGGAGGUGAAAGCAACUUUUGCUUCAAGUUUGAUGAGAAUAGCCCUGAUAUGCUCAGAUUUGUGCCUAGGGAAGAAUGGGUGCUGAAAGAGAUGCUUUCAUGGCACGAAGCGGAUAUCAAGGAGCUUCUUGAUCUCGCAGAGGCCUCGCUUGAGGAUACCGUAAAGAAUUUCCGACUCGAGGCAGUCGUUGUGCGGAAAGAACGAGCGGUAGGGAUCAUACCGAAAGAAGGGCACAAGUUUUGCCGCGAGACACUGGAAGAGACGGACAUUUCCGAAGUUGGACAACGGCUACCCUUUUGCGCCUUCAAUGGAGGAAACGACGUGUUUGUUGACAUUGGUGACAAGUCAUGGGGUGUGCUUGCGUGUCAGCGGAUCUUUGGUGGGAUUGAAGGGGCAAAGACGCUGCAUGUGGGUGAUCAGUUCCUGAGUGCUGGGGCCAACGACUUCAAGGCGCGGUUGGCGUGUACGACAGCAUGGAUUGCGAACCCACAGGAGACGUGCCAGCUGUUAGAUGAGAUUGCCGAAUUGGACGAAAUGCAACAACGCAAGAAGAGAUGA